CCGCGGGCGAGCCUCUUCCUCCUGCCGCCGUCCCUCCGCCGCUUGCCCUUCAGACGCCGGCGCCGCCGUCCGCCCGGGUCCGGAGCGCCGUCCGCCAUGCGGCUCCUGCCCCCGGCCCCAGGCGGGCCGCGGCGGAACCAGCCGGGUCACCUGCGCCCCUGCGGCCCCGCGCUGCUGCUGCUGCUGCUGCUCCUGCUGGGCGGCUGCCUGGGGGCCUCGCGGGCGGCGGCGGGCUCCCGGAGGCCCAACGUGGUGCUGCUGCUCACCGACGACCAGGACGAGGUGCUCGGCGGCAUGACACCACUAAAGAAAACCAAGGCUCUCAUUGGAGAAAUGGGGAUGACUUUCUCCAGUGCUUAUGUGCCAAGUGCUCUUUGCUGUCCGAGCAGAGCCAGUAUCUUGACAGGGAAGUACCCACAUAAUCAUCACGUUGUUAACAACACUUUAGAGGGAAACUGCAGUAGUAAGUCUUGGCAGAAGAUCCAAGAACCAAAUACUUUUCCAGCAAUUCUCAGAUCGAUGUGUGGUUAUCAGACCUUUUUUGCAGGGAAGUACUUAAAUGAGUAUGGAGCCCCAGAUGCAGGUGGACUAGAACAUGUUCCUCUAGGCUGGAGUUAUUGGUAUGCCUUGGAAAAGAAUUCUAAAUACUAUAAUUAUACGCUCUCUAUCAAUGGGAAGGCACGGAAACAUGGUGAAAACUACAGUGUGGACUACCUGACAGAUGUUCUGGCUAAUAUCUCUUUGGGCUUCCUGGACUACAAGUCCAACUCUGAGCCGUUCUUCAUGAUGAUCUCCACACCAGCACCUCAUUCUCCUUGGACAGCCGCACCUCAGUACCAGAAGACCUUUCAGAACGUCUUUGCACCAAGAAAUAAGAACUUCAACAUCCAUGGAACGAACAAGCACUGGUUAAUUAGGCAAGCCAAGACCCCAAUGACUAAUUCUUCAAUACAGUUUUUAGAUAAUGCAUUUAGGAAAAGGUGGCAAACUUUACUGUCAGUUGAUGACCUUGUGGAGAAACUGGUGAAGAGAUUGGAAUUCAAUGGGGAACUUAACAACACAUAUAUCUUUUAUACGUCAGACAAUGGCUAUCACACAGGACAGUUUUCUUUGCCAAUAGACAAAAGACAGCUGUAUGAGUUUGAUAUCAAAGUUCCACUGCUGGUUCGAGGACCUGGGAUCAAACCAAAUCAGACAAGCAAGAUGCUCGUUGCCAACAUUGACUUGGGUCCUACUAUUUUGGAUAUUGCUGGAUAUAACCUGAAUAAGACACAGAUGGAUGGGAUGUCUUUAUUGCCCAUUUUGAAAGGUGCCAGAAAUCUGACUUGGCGAUCAGAUGUCUUGGUGGAAUAUCAAGGAGAAGGCCGUGAUGUCACCGACCCAACCUGUCCUUCCCUGAGUCCUGGAGUAUCUCAAUGUUUCCCAGACUGUGUCUGUGAAGAUGCUUACAAUAACACCUACGCCUGCGUGAGGACCAUGUCAGCACGGUGGAAUUUACAGUAUUGUGAGUUUGAUGACCAGGAGGUGUUUGUAGAAGUCUAUAACCUGACUGCAGACCCAGACCAAAUCACAAACAUUGCUAAAAGUAUCGACCCAGAGCUUUUAGGAAAAAUGAACUACCGGCUGAUGAUGUUACAGUCCUGUUCUGGACCAACCUGCCGCACUCCAGGGGUGUUUGACCCUGGAUACAGGUUUGACCCUCGUCUCAUGUUCAGCAAUCAGGGCAGUGUCAGGACUCGAAGGUUUUCAAAACACCCUCUGUAGCAACCUCUGCAGUUGGAUCCCUGCACGCCUCUGUCUGAUGAAGUGAUUGUAGUAGGUAUCUGUAGCUAGUCCUCAGGACCACGCCUGGAAAAGUUUCUGGACUGGCUCUAAGUCCUGUUGAAAAAGCAACCCAAUCAGCUGACUUCCUUGUGCAAUGUGUUAAACUGUGAACUCUGCCCUUGUGUCAGGAAUGGCUGGCCCUGGUCCCUUCAUUCAGCUAAUAAGGAAUGCUCCUGAGGUCUUUGUCCUCACCAUACCCUUUCUGUCCUGGGGUUAGAGUUCUUGAUUAUUCCCCAUGAGGUCAAAGUCUGAAUUUGUAAAUCCAUUCAGAUAAAUGGCAAUACGUAGGGCUGGGGGGCGGGGGGGAUAUUUUAGAGCUUGACCACUUCACUAUCAAAAAUACCAACAUCACACAGCUUGAGUAUCCAUCAGAGCAAGAACAAGUACCACCAUUUCCAGAUUAGUAGAAAUAUAUUGUUUAUAAUAUCCAUCACAAUGUGAUAAGGUCACAAAUUCAAAACUUGCCUGUCAACCAAGCACUGGGUUUUUUUUGGUUGGUUUGUUUUUUGUUUUUUCAUCCUGGGCUGGUGCUACACUGAAAUAGAACAGUAAGGUUUUGGUAAAGGCUAAUUCCAAGUAGUUAUUUUUUGGUAAAGACUAAUUCCAGGUAGUUUAAAAAAAAAAAAAAAGUGAUCUUUUUAUAUCUCCUUCCUGGUGGCUGCUAACCACAAGAAGGAAUGUCUUUUCUCUCGAUAACUACCCCUCCGAGAUCUGCAAAGCAAAGUGGCUUAGUAUCUCAGCAGAGAAAAGAACUUCCAGGGGUGGUGAAGGUCGCAUUUUCUGAGGGCCCUGGUAGACAGGGCUCUCGGGGUGACAGGUGGAAGGGCUGUAGUUGGGAUAUAGUUAAGUGCCUGUCUCGCAGGGAGCCUCGGUUUGUUUUGACUCUCUGCAUUUUGUUGACAUUCUGUUCAUUUGGUAUAGUUGGUGCAAAGUUCCAGCUGCUUUACACCCUCCUUUCUUUCUUCCCUUUCAGAGUUCUUUGUGAGUGGAGUCUUGCAUAUUUUGGGGCCUCACUCACUCUUCCCCUGUCAAAGCCAGAUGUUGUUGACAUUUCCUCACUGUUCAGAACACCUACAGUUGUAGGUUUCUGGGCUCCAAAACCAAUCCCGUUUCUAUUGUUUUCUUCACAAGAAAGCUAAUCUGUGGUGGGACGGCAGGGCGAGGAGGAAGAGCUGUGGUUUAUAACCUGUUCAACUCAGGCAAUAGUGAUUUUAGCUUUAUUUAAGGUCUUAGGUUGAGCUUUAAGCACUUUGUAAGACUUGGCUGUAAGCAGCUUCUCUGUCAGAACUCCAGAGAGCCACGCUGGGUUAAUAGCCAUUGGGUUUGUUCCUUUACCUCACACAAUCCCAGUUAACUGUGGUGGUAUUUAGAGGUGAAAUAGGCAAGUGAGAUGAACACCUCUGCUGUGAAUGUUUUAGGGAGAGAAAUUCUAAAUAUUUUGUAACUGAAAGCCAACUACAAUGUUAAAUAUGGGUAUCAGCUUUAUUCUACACUUUGAUUCUUAACAUUUCUCAGUCAACUUCUACCUUCAUGAAAGUUGACCAUAGUUAUUCCUGAAUAAAAAGAAAUCAACUCUUACCAGGUCGUAUAUUGUGAUGUCCUAUUAUUCAGUUUUAUGAUGCUGGUUCCUGAGAGCAGGAUAAAGUCGUAAGAGUGACACAAGUCAGCUGCCCGUAGUGAGUAACCCUGCCACACUGCUCGUCCAUCCAGCGGACUUCUGCGUGGGUGGUAGGGAUGGGAUGCCUGCUGUGUCUACCUCUCAUGUACUUGGUACAUCUCCUAACUUGGGAAUGGCCUAUAAUUUGACUUUCUCUUAGACUGGCUUUAUUCUGGAUAUGGGCCAUAGCUUAAGAGACUGUAAAACACGCCGAACUUUUCCGAAUGUAUAUGUACAAGGAACACACUGCAAGAGGCUCGGCUUGUUUCUCCCUUAGUUGUACAAACUUGGAUUUUGAUUACUUUCUCUUUUAAGAAGGCCUGGUCUGGACUGGUUGGUGCCCUUCAGAGUAGAAAACUAUAUAACCAUUAGCAGUGAUCCAAGGCCACAGAAUGAACAGAGAUUUUGCCUUAUAAGAUGUCCUAUUAAAAGCUGUCCUUCAAAUACCAAGCGGGGGGGAACCCCUUUUGAGCAUCUUUGAAUUUGACCAACCGUACUGUUCCAAAGUACAUUUUAAUUCACAAUACCAAGGUUUUUGUACAAAAUAGUAACCGUAGCCAUGGAAGUUAUACCUUGGUCUGUGAGAAACUUGUUUAUUUCUGGUGUCUAAGGAUUGGUGCUUUAACAAAAGACGAUGGAUUGCUCCAGGGUCCUCACUAAGAGAACACAAAGGGUAUUUCAGCUGGUAUCACUGAACGAGAUGGGAAUACUUGGGUUCUUUACUUUCACCACCACUUAGGUCCCACUGACUUCUGUGAAUUCCUGUGUUUGUGUCAUCUGUUCCUAGAAAUUACUCUGCCCUGGCUUUGUGUCAUCUCAGUCACCUGACUUAGAAAGUGCCCUUCAAAAAAGACCCUGUUCACUGCUGCACUUUUCAACAAAUUAAAAUUUAUUUCUGUUCUAG